AGUAACAUGAAAAAUAAAAAUUAACGAACUAAUACGAGACAAAAGUAUGCCAAUUCUAAACAUGAUAUGAACAAAUUAAUUUUCCUAAUGAAAAUUUUAUGUUCAUAUUAGCAGUAUCAUCAUAUGUCUGUGCAACUUCAUCGCACGAUUCAAACUUUUGCAAGUUCUAUCAUACGAAAACCAAAAUGUUCUUUAAUUGACAAAAAUAAAAAACUGAAUGAGUUGUCAAAACUGGGUCAAACAGAUGAAGCACGAAAGUUGUUUGAUAAAAUGCCUGAGAGAGACGAAUUUACAUGGACUACAAUGGUUGCGGCAUAUGCAAAUGGAGGGAGGCUUGUUGAAGCAAGGCAAGUGUUCCAGGAGGUCCCAACUAAGAGUUCAAUUACUUGGUCUUCUCUUAUUUGUGGAUACUGUAAGCAUGGUUUUGAAAUUGAAGGAUUUGAAUUGUUUUGGCAAAUGCAAAGUGAGGGACAUAUGCCUAGUCAGUUUACAUUGGGAAGUAUUUUGAGAAUGUGUGCGAUAAAGGGUUUGCUUUCGAGAGGUGAACAGAUACAUGGAUAUGCUAUUAAGACUUGUUUUGAUAUAAAUGUUUUUGUAAUGACUGGACUUAUUGAUAUGUAUGCGAAGUCUAAGCGUGUCUUGGAGGCUGAGUGUAUUUUCCAAAUAAUGUCUCAUGGGAAAAAUCAUGUUACUUGGACUGCUAUGAUUAAUGGUUAUUCUUUAAAUGGUGAUGCAUUAAGAGCAAUUCAGUGUUUUAGCAACAUGCGUGCAGAAGGGAUUGAGGCAAAUCAGUACACAUUUCCAGGUGUUUUGAGUUCAUGUGCUGCACUCUCUGAUAUUAGAUUUGGGGUGCAGGUACAUGGUUGUAUUGUUAACGGUGGUUUUGAGGCCAACGUGUUUGUUCAAAGCUCGUUAAUCGACAUGUAUUGUAAAUGUGAGGAUUUGCACAGUGCUAAGAAAGCAUUGAAACAGAUGGAGGUAAAUCAUGCAGUUUCUUGGAAUUCCAUGAUACUUGGGUACGUGAGGAAUGGAUUACCAGAGGAGGCACUGUCUCUGUUCGAAAAGAUGUAUGCUAGUGAUAUGGAAGUGGAUGAGUUUACUUACCCUUCGGUUCUGAAUUCCCUUGCUUGUAUGCAGGAUACCAAAAAUGGGAUAUGUCUUCACUGCUUGGUUGUUAAAACUGGAUAUGAGAGCUACAAGCUUGUAAGCAAUGCACUUAUUGAUAUGUAUGCCAAACAGGAAGACCUAACUUGUGCGAUUAAUGUUUUCAACAGCAUGGUUGAGAAGGAUGUAAUCUCAUGGACAUCACUUGUCACUGGUUGUGCUCACAAUGGCUUUUAUGAAGAAGCUCUGAAAUUAUUCUAUGAGAUGAGAAUGGCUGAAACUAAACCAGACCAAAUUAUCAUUGCUAGUGUUCUAAGUUCUUGCUCAGAGUUGGCACUACUUGAACUUGGGCAGCAAGUUCAUGGGGAUUUUAUUAAAUCUGGCCUUGAGGCAUCAUUAUCAGUUGAUAAUUCUCUUAUGACAAUGUAUGCCAAUUGUGGGUGCCUUGAAGAUGCCAAAAAAGUAUUUAACUCAAUGCAAAUGCAUAAUGUGAUCAGUUGGACUGCUCUCAUAGUAGCUUAUGCCCAGAAUGGCAAAGGAAAGGAGUCCCUGAGAUUUUAUGAGGAGAUGAUUGCAAGUGGAAUAGAACCUGACUUUAUUACAUUUAUAGGACUAUUAUUUGCCUGCAGCCAUACAGGUCUCGUUGACGAUGGAAAGAAGUACUUCGCUUCAAUGAAGAAAGAUUAUGGCAUAAGACCAAGCCCUGAUCACUAUGCAUGCAUGAUUGAUCUUUUGGGUCGUGCGGGGAAAAUACAGGAGGCUGAGAAGUUAGUUAAUGAAAUGGAUAUUGAACCUGAUGCUACUGUGUGGAAAGCGUUGCUUGCUGCAUGUAGAGUACAUGGGAACACAGAUCUAGCAGAGAAAGCUUCAAUGGCCCUCUUUCAGCUGGAACCACAAGAUGCUGUUCCGUAUGUUAUGUUGUCAAAUAUCUAUUCUGCUGCUGGAAAAUGGGAAAAUGCAGCAAAACUUAGAAGAAAAAUGAAUUUGAAGGGUUUAAACAAAGAGCCUGGUUAUAGUUGGAUUGAGAUGAAUGGAGUGGUGCACACAUUUAUAUCUGAGGAAAGAAGUCAUACAAAGAGUGAUGAAAUUUACUCAAAACUUGAGGAUGUUAUUGCAUUGAUAAAGGAAGCUGGAUAUGUGGCAGACACAAAUUUUUCUCUCCAUGAUAUCAAUGAAGAAGGAAGGGAACGAAGUCUUUCUUAUCACAGUGAGAAGUUGGCUAUUUCAUUUGGGCUUCUUUAUGUGCCAAAAGGAGUACCAAUUCGGAUUUACAAGAACCUUCGUGUAUGUGGCGACUGCCACAAUGCAAUGAAAUUUGUGUCAAGAGUUUUUGAUCGACAUAUUAUUUUGCGAGAUUCAAAUUGUUUUCAUCAUUUUAAGGAAGAGAUAUGUUCUUGUGGGGAUUAUUGGUAGAAAACACUCCUUUAAUUUUUUGUGGCUCCUGUUUCCUUUGCGCUUGGAUAGAUCAAAACAUUCAAUUUCAUGGAUUGGGUUUGCAGCUCAUCACAAGCUCAAUGUGAAUGAUAAGAAUGAUUGGAAAUGAUUGCUCUCUGAGGCUUAUACGAGAGUUGAUUCCCUAGUCCUUAUUCCACAGCACUCUCCCAUGGCAGGCACCAAUUGCCACUCCCCGGCAUCAGGGAGAUAACUGGUCUCAUUUUGAGAAAUAUUUUUGUCUCCGUGAAGUCAGGGUCUGAUGAUCCUGGAGAAAGCUACGUUCUACAUGAUCAUUUGAUGAGUUUUCCUACACAGGCUCUUCUAAUUUACUGAUUCUCCUGAAAGUAGAGUUCUGUAGUGAAGCAUCUUUAUAACUCUACAGGUUCUUGCUAGCUGUUUGGUGUAAAUGAAGAAAAAAUUGAUGGAAAAUGGCAUUCAUUGAAUAAUGGUUUUGAUGAAAGAAGAAAUAUAAGCUGGUAGUGAUAAAUGGAUGAAAUUUUCAUAAGAUUGAGGAACUUGUAGCUAUCCCACCGCCAGUCUGUUUCUCUGUUGCAAGCAUAUGGUAAUAUUUCAUAUACCUGUGCUCAUUGCCUAAUUAGAAGCAUAUGACAAGAGCAUAAUACUUCAUAAAGUCUAUUGUUCAUUGCAUGCCUUAGGUUGUAUGGACCAGAAGAGAAGCACAUGUUAUUGAAUAAAGUAUGUUCAUCAUUCCCAAGUCCUCUAUGACAUCAGAGCCCUUACCAUUGAAGUCAAUGAACCUUUCCUAUUAUGGGUGCAAGCAUGGUGUGCCAUUACUACACACAUUUCUUGGAACCAUCCCCUACAGAAUGGAUGAAACAAAACACAAAAAAGCUGAUAAUGUUCUCGAUGGAGGCAGGAAUUAGCGAUCAGGAUCUCCAACAAGACUAUGGGACAGGUUUGAAAGGCACAUUCUCUUUUGUUUGAUACGGGAUACUCAACUUGUUACUUGGCAAGAAAUUUUAAAAUAGGUAACCACAAAAAAAAAACAAGCCAAUUGAUAGAUCAAUUAGAAUGUCAUAAUGUCGUUGUGAUGGUUAUAUCUGUGAUGGCUCUCAUUGUAUAGAUCAAAUAGGUGUCUAUUGCCAAUUCACAAACCAUCUAUACCACAUGCGUAGUACAUUUUGCAGUUGCCAAUAAGUAAAUAAACCUAUCUUGAUUGUCUUUAUUUAUUGAAUAGAGAUGCAAUCUCCCUGGUUCAAAUUAGCUGUGAUCACAGGACCACAAAGUUGUACUUAUUUAGGUGCUGAUUUUUAUAAAAGAAAUUGUACUUGAUGUUAGUGCUUUCAAUCAUCAAUUCAUGGCUACGAUUGAUCUUAAAUUGAUGGAUGAAAAAACUGUACCCAAAACACUGAUGAUUUGUUAAUUAGUUAUUGAUGCUCAAAUGUCAUAAAGUUGCCCUCGAUCAUCUAUAAUCUAUAAAAUGUGGCUUGGCGUUUGAUGAAGUGAUAUUUUUUUUUUACAGAGUGAAAAUGUCAAACUUAAUUGAGUUAUUUCUAUCCACAUUUUAUCUGGAAGUGCUUCACGCUCUAGAGUUCAACUAUUAACUUAAUAUGAAUAUAAUUAGCAUGAUGCAAUUUCACAUUUCUAUAGGGCAACCAGAAGACAUGAAAUGUUAUACUUUAACGAAUAUAAAA